CCAUUACAGCCGCGGCUGGCCGUCUGUGAUUGAGGAUUGAGGAGGGGACAAAACGUUAUCAAACUUAACAAUGUCGACGGGCUUCUUCUCAGACAUGUUAUCACACCUCAGUUACUGCUAGGUUAUAGCGGACUACGGGACAAGUUGUGAUGGAUUCACCCUGGAUGAGGAGACAAUGUGGAGCAGCAGAGCAGAGCAGUCUCCAACCAUUCCUUCCCCUGUCUGGUGGCCCAGCCUCACACCAUGAACACCAGUAGGAACUGCACCGCAGUGGGGAAUGGUGAGGGCCUGGCUGCCCUGGAGUCAGUCUCCAUCGUGACCAUCACGCUCCUAGCCUGCCUGGGGAACCUCUUGAUUGUGGCGACCCUCUAUCGCAGGCCUUAUCUGCUCACACCCAGCAACAAGUUUGUGUUCAGCCUGACCACGUCCAACCUGCUGCUGUCCGUGCUGGUGCUGCCGUUUGUGGCCGUGAGCUCGGCAAAGAGGGAGUGGGUGUUUGGGGUGGUGUGGUGUAACUUCACUGCCCUGCUCUACCUGCUCAUCAGCUCUGCCAGCAUGCUCACCCUCGGAGCUAUUGCCAUUGACAGGUACUAUGCAGUGCUUUACCCGAUGAUCUACCCCAUGAAGAUCACAGGAAACCGGGCGGUCGUCGCCAUCGCCUAUGUGUGGCUACACUCCCUGGUGGGCUGUCUGCCUCCUCUGUUCGGCUGGUCCUCCUUCGAGUUCGACUGCUUCAAGUGGACCUGUGUUGCGUCUUGGCACAGAGAGCCGGGCUACACGGCCUUCUGGGUCACCUGGUGCAUCCUUCCCCCCUUAGUCAUCAUGCUGGCCUGUUACGGUGUCAUUUUCCGCGUUGCCCGCAUGAAAGCCCGGAAAGUUCACUGUGGGACAGUUAUUACGGCCCAGGAUGACUCUACUGGAGCUCAGAGGAACGGACGCAAAAACUCAAGCACCUCGACUUCCUCUAAUGGAAGCCGGCGGAGCCUCGUGUAUGCGGGGAGUCAGUGCAAGGCCUUUGUCACCAUCUUAGUGGUGAUCGGCACUUUCCUCAUGACCUGGGGGCCAUAUGCCGGGGUGGUGUGUACAGAGGCUUUGUGGGGGCAAGGGAGCGUGUCUCAGGGAGUGGAGACGUUGGUAGCGUGGCUAUCUUUCUGCAGCGCGGUGUGCCACCCGCUCAUCUACGGUCUGUGGAAUAAAACGGUGAGGAAGGAGCUGCUGGGGAUGUGUUUCGGAGAUCGCUACUACAGAGAGUCGUUCGCCACGCGGCAAAGGACAUCCCGCCUCUUCAGCAUCUCCAACAGAAUCACAGACUUGGGUAUGUCGCCACACCUGACAGCCAUGCUGGCCGGUGGAGGGCACCUGCUGGCCCCCGGGAGCAGCACAGGAGAUACUGGCUUCAGUUUCACUCAGGACUCAUGCACAGACGUGAUGCUGCUGGAUAACUUCUCCACAGACGGCUCCUCCCACCAACAGCCCCACGGGAAUCCGUCCGGGAAGAGGAGGAGCUCCGUCACCUUUGAAGACCAGGUGGAGCAAGCCAAAGCUGAAAACACCAACAUGUCCGCGGUUGAAGUCCACGCAGAGGUACACAAAUCUCUUGAGACCUUCGCCUCCUCCCUGGCAAAGGCCAUAGAGAGCGACGCUAAGCUGACCCUGUUUGGGGAGGACAUGGGUCUGCCGGGGGGACUGUUUACGACAAGGGCCGCACCGAGACCCAGAUACCUGGACGGUCAGAGACUGAGGCUGGAAAGCAUCGAUGAAGGGAUCGUUAAAGAUGACAGGGAGGAAGAAGAGCAGGACGUGGAGGAAAAACCAGCGUGACCACAGCAGAAGUAAACGAGACCAUCAGAGAAGAUUGGCUAUUUCUAUGUAGUUAUUGUUAAUGCUCGUCAUCGGUGCCACCGGGUGCGAUUCCAGCGAAAUCAGACGACAUUCAGGCUCACCAAAAAACUCCCGUCAGCUCAGACUCCAGCGGGGCC